CAUUAAGGCAUUUUUGUAAUUUACGCGUUGAAUGACCUUCGUCCUAACUCAUACGUCGCUUCAUUUUCUUUCUCCCUCUUCUUCUGCAUUUUCUCUCUCCUCCUGCAAAUUCUCUAUUUCGAUUUCUCUAAUCUCGUCGCAUGUCAUCAAUUUUGCAAAUUCUCAUCUCUGAUUAUUAUCGUUGCUUAGGAAAAUUAAUGGGCAGAUCUAGAUUUGGUUAGGGCUAUAAUGAGGUGUUCAAUCAUUCUAUAAUCCGGGAAUUCAAGGAAGCUAAGGUACAAUCGGCUUCUGUAGUAAUUUGAAAGCUAUAAUUGCUCAUUACAAAGGUCAGGUCCUUACUUAGAGGAAGAGUUGGCCUUGUUCAAGGUGUAUGGAUGGUGGGAGUGAUUGAUGAACUCCGGAUGCCUGAUAAUGGGGAAGGAAGAAAGUUAACAUUAGUUGAUACAAAGACGCGUGGUCAACCAAGGCUCCCUGCUGAACCACAAUGCAGAAAUGGAAGGCUACAAUUGAAGUUCUAUAAGCAUUUGUGGGACAAUAUGGUUUCUAAUAACUUCCCUUCUAAACAAUUUUAUGAACAUUUUUCCAUGGACCCUCAACACAAAUUAUCUGAUGAAGUGAAGAUGAAUGCCGCUGAUUCAGGUUUCCCUGCUGAGGUACUGCAGCAACAAUGUUGAUCAGCGUCAGAAUGUAGAUUGCAUGGACUACAACCUACACGAGCUUUAUGCAACUGACACAUUGCAAGCACUAAAAACGUCAUCUAACGGGGCAUGGUCUCCGGUUCCUUCAUCUUUCCGAGCAUACAACAGUUUCUUCCCUUUAAAGACAAACAUUCCUCCCUGGAAGAAAGAUACAAGGGUCAAGUUACAUUCCCUGUUUUGCCCGGCCAAUAAUAAGAUCUUUCAUUAGGGUAAACGUAUAAAUUCAUAAUCAACCUGUUGCAAAACACUACUUCUGUCGUUAGGUGUAGCUUGAAUUGUAUAGUUCUCCAUAGCCAUUUUCAGGGAUUCAAACCUUGAGAAAACCUUUGUCUGUCAGAUUAAAACCAAGUGAAUUAUUGAUUAAAAACAUGAUUUAACUUGGGGGUAA